AUGUUCAAGUGCCUGCUUAUAACGAAUAAGACAGGGAAUAUUCUCUUGGAAAGAUUCCACGGGCUAUCAGCGGACGAGCGCGGCCAAUGGCGUGCGUUCCUCUUCAAGCUGGGUCACGACAAUCUCUCCACCGCUGUGCCUGAAGAGCAAUUCGUGGCCUGUUACAACAACACCUACGUGGUCUACACAUCUAUUGCUGACAUCCGCAUCUACCUCAUUGGGGACGACGAGUACGAUGAGCUGGCAUUGUCGGAGAUCCUCACUAUGAUUCUCGAUCUGCUCCGGGCGGCGUGCAAGCGCACGCCGACCCAGGCGGCGCUGCUGGACCGGUAUGGCAAGGUUUGUCUGUGUCUGGACGAGGUGAUCGCGCAGGGCCGGGUGGAGCACAUGGAGGUGGACCGCAUCCUGCGCCUCUCCCGUUUAAAGCCCUUGGAUGCUUCGUGA